AUGAUUUCACCAAUCUAUAAAGACGCAAAUUCAAGACCUGUAUCAAGUCCAUGCAGCAAUAAAGGCUUUUCACAGUCGAACUACAAAAUGAUCAAGCGGAUAAGCCUGUUUAACGAUGCCAAUAAAAGGAAGCUUAGCAUUAAUCUCCCAGGAAUUUCCCCUAAAAGUGAACAAUUCUACAGCAACUCGACAUUUAUUCACACGAACUCCAAAAGUUUAUCUCCAAUUCCUGAGACCGUUUCUCAAGCAUCUCAGACUUUUCAAGCUAAUGAUGAAGAACUGCCUCAGAUCGAUCUCAGAAACAAAUACAACCGCCCAAAAUCUAAAGCAUUAUUCCACCCAGUCAAAGUCGAAAUAAACACUUUCGAAGAAAUCUCAGAAGGCUCUAUCAUCUUGAGCAAGCAAAGAGAUUCAAAUGAAAAUUCCAGCUGGAAAAGACCAGGGACAUGCUCAAAGAAGUCUUAUUUUUAUGAAAAUUCUUAUCAGACCGAAAAUGAUGAAACUCCGAAGAUUGAGAAUCCGAAUAACUUUGCUAAGGCAUGAUAUAAUUAUUUGAGCCAAAAAAGCAAAAACAAAAAAUUUUUAGUGCUGCCUCAAAAGAAAUACUCUAUAAAAGAGUUUAAAUUUUCGGAAAUACCUACUGAAAAGCAUUCGAGAUCGACUAAAAAUAGAAGGCCUUCAAAUAAUAUAUUUGAGCCUUUGGUCUGCAGCAAUCCUAAAUUUGUUCAAAAGAGCAGCUAUUUGGCUGACUUGACGAAAAGGCAGAGAUCUUUAAGCAGAGAGCUAGUUGCUAUUAAAUGCAAAGAUGCAUAG